GCCCGUGUGGACAAUCGGCCCGCCUUCUCUGGCUUUUUCUCCAAGCCCUCCCGACAGCCCAGAGCCCAUAGCCUUAGCGAAGAGGAGAGGCUGCGUCAAAAGGGCCCACCUCUUUUGGCUAAAUGGCACAAUAAUCAACCCAAACGCCCCAAAUCUCCCACCUUUUACUUAGACGUCUGUCGACAUAUCGUUAGCGGCAUGUGUGGCAACCAAGGGCAUUUGAUUUUCGGCAGCCAGAGGGUUCAAAGUGCUCAGGCUGGAGGUACAGCCUCGGAUACAGGCUGGUGUGUUGUGGGUACAGAAGAAAGGGAAGAACACAUAAAGAACCGAGCUUCGAUUGGAGAAAACGGGCCUCGGGAGCGAACUUACCGAGUCACUAACCGUGACCAGCACAGUCUGGCCUGUUCCUGGUCCAAGCGGAGGCGGCUGGUGUCCUCGCCGGCGAAACGAACCAACACAUCUUCGCACAGGCUCUGGUAG